AUGGUCAGAUUUUCGAAUCUUCUCCUCUUCUGCAGUGCCCAGCUCCUGACCGUGAUCCCGUUGACAGAGGCCAAGGGAUUGUGCACGCAGGGGGUCGGGGUCGGGGUCGCUGGCGCCCGCUUUGGUCAAGGAUCCGGUCGUCGAGGUGGCUAUUGCUGUUGCGAAGAGCCAGAGCCAGAGCCAGAGCCCGAGCCCGAAACACCUACUGAGUGUAGCCCAGAAUGUCCCUCCGCUGAUUCAGUGACCUUCCAAUGCAAUGGCCGCGUAUUCAAGCAGUUCUGUGGUCGUCAUGUCGCUACCCCGACCCUGAGAGAUUUUGAUGUGUCAAGUUACCAGCAAUGCUUCGACGCGUGCAUUGAGGACAGCAACUGUCGCUCUCUUGACUUCACCAACAACCACUGCUGGCUGAAACAGCAAGGUGCUGAUCCACCACCCAAGGCAAUGCCCAGUAAGCAGGAUAUUAGCAUCAUUUUCCUGUAA